AUGUCAGGAGUGGAGUCCGUUUUCCGCGUGGUCGCGGCCUGUACGUCCCUCAUGAUGAUCCUGAGCCCGACGCCGGCGGUCUACAAGAUCUACAAGACCAAGUCAAUCGGCAACUCCAACAUCGUCUCGCUCGUGUCCGUAUUUGCGAACUGCCACGUCUGGACGCUGCAAGGUUUGCUCACCCGUAACUGGUUCCCAGUCUUCUCCACCUUCGUAUCGGGGGACUUCAUCUCUAUCAUUUACAUGUUCGUUGCUAGGAGGUCGGGGCCUGUGUGCGUGACUCUGGUGCUCUACAGCUCACCGUUCCUCAAGAUUAAGGACGUUGUCAAGUACAAGACGGGCGUGUUCAUCCCGAUCCACAUGGUGAUGGCCGGCACGUUUAACAAUGCGAUGUGGAUCACGUACACGCCCAUGUCUGGCCUAUGGUUCCUCUUCGUGACCAACGUCUGCUGUGCCAUCCUCGGCGUCGCACAGCUAAUCGGGUACAUGAUCUACCACCCGAGCAAGCAUCCGCUCGGCUAUGGAGCCACACUGGAGGACUUGCUUGAGAAGGAGAAAGAGGACGACGGCAUCCUGUCCAUCGCGAUCGACCGGACCAGCAUGCAGUCGUCCACCAAGGCUAUCCCGCAGAGCCCCAUGUAUCAAAUGAUCAAGUCGCCGCUUGCUCCUCUUCGCUCGUAA